AGAAAUAAGCAAACAAGUUAUGUCACAUAAUGACACUUCAACAAGAAGGCCUACAGGUAAAAACAAAUUAAUUUAAUGGAUAAACACAAGUUAUAUAUCUAACUUUAUAUCUAUCUAGGUUUGUUAAUUUAUCUUUUUAAUUUAUCUAAAUAAUUAAUCAGUUUAUCUAAUUUCCUUUAAUCAGUCUAACAUCCUAGAGUUUAGAGCAGGGGUCGGGAACCGUUUUGUUCGAGAGAGCCAGGGACACCACACAUUUUGUAUGUAACUCUGUGAGUGCCAUACAUUAUGUUUAAAACUAAAAAUUCAAGUAAAUGUGUGCCUUUUGUGUACAGUCAACACUAAAAAAUGCAAUAAUUAUGGCUCUGAAUUCUUUUGAUAACAUUGUUCUGCUCUUGCUAAUCAAUAAUGAAUAUUUCUUACCAAUAAUGCGCCUUUUUUAAUAAUCGAGAUGCUGCCAUCAAUAGAGCCACAAUCUGGCUCGCGAGCCAUAGGUACCCGACCCCUUGUCUAGAGCUUUUAUUGUUAUUCUGUUUUUUUUUAAAAAUAUAUGUCAAUUAUUUUUUCCUAUCAUGAAAGCUCUUGAAGAGUCCCAUAUUCUCAAGAUUAUUAAUGUCACAGUUGCAACGGGUGCUGUAUGCCUUACGUUUCUCCUAUUGGCCUAUUUUUUUUUUAGGCUUAAAAGGAAAGGUAAGUAUUAAUUUUUGCAUUGGUUAUCCGUGAAUAUAUGUUUUAAAGCUUAACUGAGCUAAUCGCUUUUGUGAAAGAAAUAUUUUGGCUAAUGUAUUCUUUAAAUAUUAAUUUCUUCUUUCAGACUUCAAUAAUAAUGUUUAGUUUUUUUUCUUCAAUUUUGUUUAAUUAGUUUUUUUUUUCUUUCUUUAUCAAUUUAUUAAAUUAUUGAAACCUGAAAUUAGCUAAAAAACUGUGAUCAUCCUUUAAUAAACAUAAACAUUAUUUUAAAAAAAAAUAAGAAAAAGUAUAGAGAAAACAAAGAAAAUUCAUUAAAACACAAGGAUAACAAUUGUUUAACCUCUUUUAUCUUUUGGUCAUAAACAUAUAACGUAAAAGAAACAUUAUUUUUAAAUACAAAAUGACAAUGACGAUAACGAUGUAAAGUUUUUAUUAUAAAAAAAAAUACUUUUAAACUAAUCUUCUUUCUUUUCAUUUAAUUUAAACAGAUUCUAACUUGCAAACUACAGCACGCCCUACUUCAUAUUUUCGUAAAGAUUUGAACAAUAUAAGAAAUGUAUCAAAUGUCAUACAGCGAAUUAAUAAAUAUUUUGUAGUAAAUCGUCAGAUCUUCAAUGUUUCUGAGGAGCACGUUGAAAAAUUUAACGACCAAAGCCAUUAUGAGGAGAUUGUGCGUGAUUUUAACUUAAAUAAGGUUGAUGUAAAUGUUAAAGGAGAAAAUUAUACCGAAGAAGACUUAAAAAAAGAAUUACAAAACCAGUACACGUCGUUGGAUAAUUCAUCUAGAGGAGGGAAACGAGUAAUUGUUUAUUUAGAGGGAUAUGGCACAUUAAGCAAUUAAAAUAAAUCUUGAACUUCUUUUGACACCAGGUAACUUUAUGAUACAAUUGUUUUUUUUCUUUGUUUUUAAAUUAUGUACAUAUCUCCCUGAGCAGUUUAAAAACACAUUACAUUAACUUAAAAUGAACAUAUCUGAGACAAAAACCAUAUAUAUCUAAAAGUAGUUUUUAGAAAAGAAAGACAGAAAAACAUAGAAUUAGUAACAUUUAGUAAGUAAACAUGUGGG